AUGGGUUUUCAUUCACAGACGAUGAAUGCGCCUUGGUCAUCGGCGGCGAAGUCUAUGUUGCCUGGAAACACAAAAUCCCAUGUCCCAUGUAACAUCACCUUAAUUAAGAGAAAGUUUUAUGCGUAUGAUCUCAUGGUAGGUGACACAAGUGUGGUAUUUAGUCAAAUAAACUUGCCAUGUCAGUGCAGUACUGGAAAGAAAAUUUGGAGAAAUCCAUUCGUUAACUUGUUAAAUGAAAUAUUUUGAAAAUUGAACGAACCUCUCUACCAUGGCCAGUGCGAAUUCAUUCAUUCCUGGUUUAAACUGUCUCUGCAACUGAUGUCCAUUGAGUGAUUAGACCUUAUAAUUUUUAUGUUUUCAUUGCCAGGUCCUCUCUUUUUUUAUACUGCUGAACAAACAAGCUGUUUAAUAAGCUUUAAGGUGAUGUUACACGGGGCGAUUUGCAGCGACGAUUUUUAGCGCAACACAGCGUUGCAAUGUUGGAACAAUGUUGUAACAAUUCGAAACAACAUCGCAACAAUGUUGCAACGCUGUCUGAGUGUUGUGCUAAAAAUCGUCGUUGCGAAUCGUCUCGUAUAACAUCACCUUUAGUUAAUUAAGUUUUGCCGGACAAUAAUAGGAAUUGAAAAUUUGCUGUUUUUUAUGCUUGGGAAACUGAAAUUUAACCCUUCAGUUCCUUUUAUUUAUUUUUUUUUACUUGAAUUCCCUGUUCUUCUUUUUAACACCCUCCUUUAAAAUAGAACAGCUACUGAUUUUUUUAACCUUACUUUCAAUGUUUUAAAGAACGAAAUAAUAUUAUAGAUGAUCAUAUUUUGUGGUUAGCAAUUUAUCUUCUUUAAUAACAAUUUUUAAGGACGGUUUAACCCCCUUUUUUUUUUCUCAUUUUCUUUUUUCAUUUAGCUGGGAUAAAUUCGUCCCCAUGCUCCUCUCAUUUUACACUAGAACAGCAACUGUUUUUUUAGCUACUUUCAAAGUUUUAAAGAACGAAAUAACAUUAUAGAUGAUUAUAUUUUCUGGUUAGCAGUUUAUUUAGUUAUUUAUUUUUUUUAAAAAAAGGUCGUUUUUAAGUAGGGUAACCCCCUUUUUCAACCAUUUUCGUUUUCAUUCAGCUGGGAUAAGUUCGUCCCCAGAGUCCUCUCAUUUUGUACGUCAUCAUGCUGACGAUUACCUAUGGCGUGAGCAGCAAAAAAAUUGUUUUUGCUACUUUUUGUGGGCCACAUGCGUACAUCCAUGAGAAGAGGAAUUUUUGUCUACUAGCUGAGGAGUUUCCAAUUUUUUUUGCUCGCUAAUUGGUCUGCUGCAGAGGCUAUCUGAUGUAUUUUAGAGUAAGUAUUCAAGUACUUUUUAUUUCCAAGACCUUUCAGUACUUUCAUGUGUCAAAUAUGCAGCAGGCAUCUUGCUACGGUUAUAGCUAGUGGAUCUAUUUGCCCUAGAAACCUGUUUCCCUUCAAGGUCCUUAGCUUUAUAUAAUUUAUAUUAUAUAUUAACCCUUCAGUUCCUUUUAUUUCUGUUUUUAUUUUUUGCACUGUGUAUUGUGUUAGACGUGGCUGCAUUGCAGUUUGUUGGUCGCUCAAUAUCGGUGUUUUUAAACUUUUAACAUUUUACUUUACACUGUAUAUUUGUGUUGGACGUGGCUGCAUUGCAGUUGUUGGUUGCUCAAUAUUGGUGCUUUUUCUAACAAUUUAACUAUUAACCAAUUUUAUUUGUUUUUAUGCCUACAACACUCUCAUUUACACACCCCCUCCCUCCCCAACUUACCCACUAUUUAGUGGAGACUUGGGAACCCUUUCAUUAGGGAUUCCAUACCACACCUGUAAUGCCACAAAGGUUGCUAGAGAAACUACUGUUUUUUGGGGGGUUUUUGGUUUUUUUUAUUUUUUCAAAUGUAUGGAGUCACUGAAGCAUGAUGUUGCUUAUAUCUUCCCACCAAUUUACACUUACUUUUUUUUGGCAAGGGGGCUUUUUUAUCUUGUUCUCUCUAAAUAAAUUAUGGCAACCAAUCCCAUAAUUUCACAAAUUUAGGAAGCAACCAACAUCUGUUGCUGUAAAUAUCAGUUCAAAGUACAGUCUCUCUUUUUCAGCCAUUAUUUAUGGAGAGAUUUUGUGGUAGUUUUUAAAUUUGGUAAUUGACUGAGAAUAAUAACUAUUUCAAGAUAUACACACACUCAUUAAAUUUUACUUUCUUUAAUGUUUUCCUUGUGGAUAAAAUUUGCUAAUUAAUUUUACAAGGAAGAAAAAUAGAAUGCUGAACAUUUGGUUGUCUUUUCAACCAGAUCUGUGAGACAGCCUCCAUGAGAUUUGAACAGUGGUAGAACAGGCAGCUAAGACAGCAACAAAGGACAAACUACAAACGACUGUGGUCACAGGUUCCACUCAUAUUUGUAGCCCUGCAGUUUAUUGUCAUCAUCAUUAUCAUAGAACUGCUUCAACUGCCAAAGAACAGAGAUCAAAGUAACAGGAAUACUUUCACCAGGUAAUAAAACUGCAGCUUUAUUUUCUGUAACAUGAUUCAAAAUCAAUUGAUCUAAACCCAUUCAAGUAAAAGUAAAAAAACAUCCAUAAAAACAAAGAUUUAUUUUUAAGCAUCAACAUUACUGUGGAUACAAUAUAAAGAGUAAAACUAGCUAAGUAGUUUCUAAAUUACUAGCUAGAAUCAUGGCAGUUUUGUUUUAGUACAUUUAUUUACAAAGUUUUCUGUCCUGGUAACCCGCAUUAAAUCACAGAAUGACUUCUUAUGUUUUCCACAAAACAGAGUCUAUUAAUUAAGUUUGUGAAUUUACAUGCAUGUUUGGAGACAACAACAACAUGACAUAGAGAUUAUGGCUUGCAAAUGUCACCAUUGUUUCCAAAACAACAAUUAGCAGUUACUUCAAUUUAUCAUUAUUUUUCACACAUUCUUGCAGGUUCCUCAAGCGAUGUCUUCAGUGUACAGAGAACAUGGAAUCUCUAUCCAGCACAACCAAAAACCGAUGCGAUGAAUGUAGUACUGCAGCAAAGAUGUUGGUGGAGUGUGUUGAACAUUAUUACGCCAAAAGAUGUGAAGUUGUGUCAUGA